AUGUGCGAACGCAUGGUCCCCAUGGCCGCCUUUCUCAUAAAGAACGGCGCCGAUAUCAGUUCUCGAGACAAGGAAGGGCAGACACCCUGCUCCCUCAUUUUCAAAUCAGAGCACGGGUCAGGCUUUCUCGAAGACAUGCUCUACAGCCGCAUAAACAUCGUUGUCUUCCAAAACUUUGUCGACAUCGACAGGUUGCUCGUGUCCUCCAUAGCCAGGUCCAGGCGGGAGGUCUGUAGCCGUCUGGAUGCUGAGACGAGAGAUAUGCGCACGCCGAGAUCCAUAUCAUCAGAUAUGCGCCCCCACUUUGACCGGAUGAUCGAGUUGACCCCGGAAGAGCAGACGAGAUGGAUCAUGGACGCGACACCGCAGGACCGAGUCACCUUUAUGCAUACCAUCUGCUCCUACGGCACGCUGGAUAUGGCCAGGCCGUUCAUCGAAUCGGGCAUCGAUCUGGAUGAGACAUACGGAAACAACGACGAAGACAUGGCUUACAUACGACAGCGUGCCGCUCGCUCGGGAAAUAUCGACAUCGUCAUGGCUCUCAUGAAACGGGGGGCCAAGCUGGAUCAGACGGAGCACUACUUGACGGGCAAUCAGAUCUGCACCUCCGUCCUGGACGAGCUCAUCCAACGGUGGGGCUUCAUUCGUGACGGCCAGGGCGUCGAUGGCAAGAUGGCACCUUCCGCCAACAAGUCCGAAGAGGACAUGGACGCCCUCAUGGUUGCCACGUACUGGGACGUGGCUCACCACCCCAUCCACCAGAUCCUGCUGGACCACGGCCAAGGCCGCCGAGACGGCCAGAGGCCACGUACCUGGAGCGAGAAGCUGCUGGGCUCCCCCUUCAUCGAGGCCGUCAAGAAUGAGCGCCGGUGUCUGGAGCGGUAUCUGGAGCACAGGCUGGGUGUCGAGGUCGAGGAUGGGCUAGGCUGCACAGCUGCCCUCUACGCCGUCGACAUGGCCGACGUCGAAGCGCUCCGACUCCUCACGAAGCACGGAGCGAACCUGGUGAGGCGCACAGGGUGCGGCCUGGCGCCGUUCGAGCUUGCUGCAAGCAACCUGGAUGCAAGCACCCACGAUUCCUCUCCCGUAGCUGGAGAUCUCUUAUCUAACCCAAGAGUGAUAACGCAAGCGCAGGACCAGUGCGUGCACGACCUGGUCAUGAGGGCUACGCGUGGCAUGCGCCCCAUCGACGUCGAGGAGAGACGCAGCACAUAUCUUGCCACCCUGAUCCUGAUCGGGAGCCUCAUGCUGUUUCUCUGGACGCACUACGCAUACACGCACCAGCCUGUGUCCGCCUCACCACUGUCGUUGUAA